ACAGCUAAAAUCCGGUUUAGUGUUUCCGGGGUAUUUCUGUGAUGAACACGCGUGUGGAGAAAAACUAACUUCACAUUUUUACACCAAAACACACCGACACGUUUUUAAACAGUCACACCAAGGAGGGCUGCUGGAGCUCGGACUGAACCUGUGAAGAGAGUCGGAGAGUUUCGGCCGCCAUGGCUCCGGUGAGUUUAUAACUGAGGAGGUUUUAAUUCAACUUUACACAGAAGUCUGGUCUUUAAAAGAUCCAGAUUGGACUGAUUUCACUUUUCAAACAUGUUUUUCCUGCUUUAUUUUAAGUUUCUCGAUCCAACUCUAAACCCAGGCAGCACUUUUAAAGUUUAAACCAAACUCCACUGAGAAAUGUGCUGAUUUAACGGCUCAGAGUCAGGAGGAAAGCUGUAAUGUUUAAUAAAAACAGUUUAAAUAAAUGUUGUUAAAUCUGUUUUUUUAGAUGGAGUCUGGUCUCUCAGACUCUCUCUGUUCUUACUGAUUAGAACACAGAAAGUACUGCUGCUGUUCCUUUACACAGACUGCUUAUGAGCUCCCCCAGUCCACCACCAAACCCCAUACAGAAAUUGACUCAUUUAGAUUAAAUGCACCUUCGGCGGAAGAGAACAUACUUUGUUGAUCACAGUUAAAAUGAUUUUCUGAUAUUCUUGGUCUCCUCUUUUUAUCAGCUUCAACAAAAUGAGUUUAAAGAUCCUGCUGAUCAGUUUAGAGUGAUAUAUAUCCAAUAUAUUUGUACAUAAUUACAGGUGAUACAGAGAGGAGAGGAAACUUCUCCACCUGUAAAAUUAUCUUUAUUUUCAUCCAGAUAAAAUAAACAGGAGUGCACCGAUCACAAUGUUCUGGCAGAUCACAGAUCUUUAAAAAGUUUGAUGUACGGAUGCCGAUUUUGGCCGAUACCACGUUUUUUUAUAACUGACAACAUAAACCCUCGAUGUUCUAAUCUUAUUUUAAUGAAAAACAUUAAAUAAUACUUGUGAAACAACACAAACUUUUAGUGUUUAACUGCACAUGAGGUCGUUCUCUCAAAUAUAAAUGAAAAGUUUAUAAUAUUUCUGUCCAAACUUUUAAAUUAAAUCAGUUUCUUUUAGAUUUUGAUUUUACAUAUUUUAAAAACUAACAAUACUUGGUUACAUUCAGCUCAGACUGCAGGCCUGUUUUUAACCUCUUACCAGAAUAAAGUUCACAGCAGUUUUUUACUUUUACAAAUAAAGGAAAUCACAAAGUUUGAGGAGGUAAGUAUUAGAAUAAUCGACAGGACAAACUAAACUGGUGGGCGGGGCCUGUCAUUCUGGUAAAAAGCUACAACAGCUGACCUUCAGACCUUCGCUGAGGUCGAUAAGAUCGGAGGAUAAAAUCGGUUUCAUAUGUAAGACUCAGCUGAUCACUGAUACCCCAAAAUCGAGGAAAUCGGCACGAACGAUUGGCCGGCCGAUUUAUUGGUGCGUGUUUAAAAAUAACCUUUCUCUCUGAUCUUUGUCUCUCUGGUUCUGUUGAUUUGGUCUGUGAUUGUGAAAUCAAAGAAGGUCAAAGGUCAUGUGUUCAUUUUGUCCAAUCAGCCACGUUCGAAGAAGCGUCGUCCGACGUUCCGCCGUCUGCUGAAGACGAGCAAUGUGAAGCUGGAGAACAAACUGAAGAACCGACAGAUGAAGCAGCAGAAUGUCGCCAAGAAGCAGCGAAAGGAGCAGAAGAAGCUAAGAGCGGCGGUGAAGGACACCAUCAUCAGAACGCCACGCCCACUGGAGACCUACAAGAAGAGACCAGGUGAGGGAGGCGGGGUCAGGCCUUUGAUAUGAUGCUAAAUUUAAAAAAAUCAUCAAACGCUGACCUGUCACUCAUACUCGUUAGACGAUGUUUGGAUGGACUUCAUGUCCCAUGAUGCAAUGCUCCAAGUUUCCUAUUGGCUGAUGCUUUGACUCUCUUUGACUGACAGAGGAAGAGGAGGAGGAGGAGGAGUUUCUGGAGACCCUACCCACAGACAUGAUGGAGGAGGACGACCUGCAGCAGAUGACCGCCAUGGCCCGACAAGCCUCCUUCGUCACCAGAGACCUGUCGUCAUGGUAACGCCCACAACACACACACACACACACACACACACAUGUAAAGGGUCGGGUAUGAACGACCACACAGAGUGACUGACUUGUGUUUGUUUGGGGGCGGGGCCUUUUAGCGCACCAGUGCACAGCGGGAAGAGGCGGAGCUCUGAGGUGGUUCGCGGUUACGAGAAGGUUCCCAGGAAGAUGGCGAGGACAGAGGAAAAGGAAGUGAUUCACCUGCUGCCAAUCAAAGACAAGAGCGGGGUCAUCCCUCAGAGCGUGGAGCGAGGUAAUGCACGCCACCACGGCGCCCAUUCAUUCAUCCGUUCAUCCUCCAAUGUGUUCACAGAUUCAUUCAUUCAUCCGUUCAUCCUUUGUGUUAUUUACCGAAUGAUUCAACAUUUAAUUCACUCGUUCACCUGCAAAAUUCCCUGAUAUAUUCACCAAAGAAC